CGGUCAGAAGGCGGAGCUUAUCGGCAAACUCGCGUCGAAGCUGGCUCCACUGUCAAUUCGAGAGUCGCGAAGAGUACGCUCGCGUCUAUUACGUGGUGUGUUUAUAGUGAAGUGGAUUUUGUGAUGAGAUUAUCGAAUGUCGUGAAGUGAAAGAUAGUGUUGUUUUAUCAAAAAGUGCAACUUGUGGGAUGUACAAUGUUUAUGGUUCACUUAUAGUGAAUAAUCAAAAUGUGUGAAUCACAAUUGUGUGCAAAAUUGAUUUAUGCCACGUAGUGACGCGAACGGGUAAUGAUUCCUAAUGUGGAGUUCGAAGCAAGAUGGUUAGAGAGACUCGGCACCUGUGGGUUGGAAAUUUACCCGAUAACAUUCGUGAAGACCGAAUAAGGGAGCACUUCAAACGUGGCGGUGAAGAUAGUUCGAGCAAUACGUGUCCAAUAGCUGCGUCUGCUGCUGCGCCUGCUACGUGGCGAGGGACAAAUGAUAGCGCUACGGAGUACUGUCGUCGUGGUAAUACACCCGCUGCAUACGGCAGGUAUCAGCGCAACAAUUCUACGGCACCUUAUUCUACACCACCAUCUAAUGCUGAAAGAACAACUCCACACCAUCGAUGGUACGCAAGUGGGGAUAGAGUGGCCGGUGCGACCGGUGGUGAAAGUACACCUAGUACCCCUGGUGGUGUUACGGAAGGAGGGCGAAGGAGACGCCACUCAGGAUCAGGCUCGUCGCGAUCGGACUCAAGCUCGCCUGAACCGAGCGACACUUCUCGGGCUUCCACACCUGCUACUCAACCAUUACUUUCUCAUCAUAGCAAUCAUCGCACGCCGACGUCGUUACAACACCAAUGGGCGUCAACGGCGAGUGGUAGACCUCUGGCCAUCUGUGUGCGAAAUCUACCGACGCGAUCUACUGAUAGUUCUUUGAAGGAUGGUCUUUACCAUGAAUACAAGAAACAUGGAAAAGUUGUAUGGGUUAAGGUAGUUGGUCAGAAUGCUGAUAGAUACGCGGUGGUGCGUUUUAAAAAGCCGUCCGAUGUGGAGAAGGCGUUGGAAGUAUCACAAGAUAAACUUUUUUUUGGCUGUAAGAUCACUGUGGCGCCUCAUCAAAGCUGUGAUGAAGAUGCAGAUUCGGCUAAACCUUACGAGACUGAUAUCGAUGAAUACCAUCCGAAGGCCACUAGGACGCUGUUCAUCGGUAAUUUAGAGAAAGAUGUUACGCAGCAACAGCUUCGUGACAAGUUUAAACACUUUGGGCGCAUAAUAGAAAUUGAUAUAAAAAAGGGAAGCAGUGGCGGUGCGGGAUAUGCGUUUUGUCAAUACGCAUCAAUUUCAAGCGUGGUGGAAGCAAUUAGAGCUAUGGAUGGCGAAUACGUCGGCGGCUCUCGCGUCAAACUAGGUUUCGGUAAACCUGUUGCCACAACCUGUGUAUGGGUCGAUGGUCUCACCGAACAUACGGAAAAACAGGUGCUGAGCGCGGUGUCGCGGUGCGGCGGCGCCACGUCUGUGUGCGUGGACCGCGCAGCGGGCGCGGCGCUGGUGCACUUCGAGCAGGCGGCGGCGGCGGGCGCGGCCGUGCGCGAGCUGCGCCGCGUGGCCGCCGCCGUGUCGGCCGCCGAGCCCGACCACCCGCGCCUCUGUGUCGACUACGCCUCGCGCGAGUGCCAGGAGGCGUUUUACGAACAACUUGAGAAACACGGCGGGUCGGCGGCAUUAACUGGUUCUGAAAGACUGAGUGGUGAUCCUGCAACGCGUUACUUGCCGUCUACCCGUCAUGAACCUAUUCGGUACGACGGUUGUGGAUCUCGAUCUCGAGCAUCUAGUUACGGUCGAGGGUCUUCAAGAACUCCGCGCUACUCCACAAUCGAACAUUACGAUCCUACAGAAUAUGCUGCGGAUCGGCGAUACAGGGUAUACGAUGAAGUAGGUUCGAGCCCGCAACCGGAAGAUGCAUCCUAUGAAGAAAGGUUGCAGUCUGUCGUGGUGUCACCCCACCGUGCGCGGCGCCAUCGUCGCGAUUCUAGUCCUGACGAUCGCAAACAUUCUAAAGAAAGGCAUCGCAGUGUCGGCACACGUCGUUCUCGUUCAGGCUCCCGUGGAGGCGAACGCCAUGUGGCACGGCGGCGCCACCGGCGGCGGCGCGACGGGUCCGGCUCGCGCUCGCGCGCCGGCACCCCGCUGCGCGACGAGCCCGACGCGCUGCCCGCCGAGCCGCGCCGGGCGCCUCGGGAGCGGCCCCCGCUGCCCAUGAGCUUGCCACUACCGAAGUUCGCAGAGCAGUUGCUACGCGUAGCCCCACCGACGCCGCGUCCGGCUCCCGCGCCCGCGCCUGACUCACCUCCUCGCCCCCCAUCUGUCUCAUCUUCGAGUGGGGGCUCUGCUCCACAUUCGCCUUCGUUGGAAGAACGUAUCCGUAGUCUCGAUGAAAAACUUAACGGUUCACGUGCUCUCGCUGAUGCUCCCGAUCGAACCCGCCUCCGCCACCGACUCCUCGAUGUCGACAUCAAUGAAGUAAAACCAUCAGAAGUUGUACGAUCCUUACUUGCAAAACGUUCCGUUUUUGAUGAAGAUUCUGAACGUCUGGAAGGUGCAGGGAGGCCGCCAAGUCCUGGUGGAAGUCCACGCGGCCGUGCAUCUGCGCCCACUCCACGUGCGUUGCGGUACCCUUUCCCGGCGCACCCGCCGCCGCCGGCGCCACCCGCGCCUCCCACGCCGCCUACGCCGCCUACGCCGCCCGAUAUGGAUGGGGACGCGGCAGAUCACAGUAUAGCGAGGUUGCGUAUUGAUCAACGGCAUGAGUGUCGCGCACGUCCGCGAACACCUCCACCACCACCACCGCCGCCGCCACCAGAACCAGAACCCGAGCCCGAGCUAGAGUUUGGACAGAAUUGUGAGCCUUCCACCCCUGAACGUGAAAACCGGGCCGUGUCUAUUGAACGACGAAUAUCUGAGAGUUAUUUAGCCGAAGGGAAUGGUACCUUGUCUAAUUUGGUGGAUGGUAACCAAGAAUGUAGCAUUGAAAGCGAAGAAUCCCUCACGGCUUCUCGAGAACAAGAUAUUAAUUUUUCUAAGGGCUCCAAAAGUCAAACUGACGAUCGCGAAGGUUGUAUAGUGACUAGAUCGGAUUCAAUAACUCUUGAAGCCGAGGCUUGUGAACGGGAUAGAUCGGAUGUUCCUCUUACUUUUCAUUUAGAAGACAGUAGUGCUCGUGAUGUCAUGGAAAUGUUAUUAAAGCGAGUUGAAAAUUAUGAUGACUGUCAAAAGUGUGAUCCGCAGUUUGAUAAGAAGUUUAAAUUUAGCAAGGAAAACCUUUCUAAUUUAGAACAUAAACAAGAAGAACCACCUUCAAUUGACCAUGAAAUCAAGCUAGAUCCUAUGGUUCACGAAAACCGAAAGUCAAGAGAAGAUCACGAAAUUCAAAUUACCAAAGAAUUAAUUGAAUUUGAAAAGCAACAUCACUUAAAUGCAAUUAAUUCAAUAAAAACAAAUAAUGUUGAAGUAGUUCAAGAGACUGUAAAGGGCAAUGAAAAAAGUUAUAAGGAAAGGCAUACUCACAAUUUCCACAAUAUAAAACUUGAAAAAGAAAAUAUUCAAUUUGAUAAAUCAUUUGAAAAAGUCAAUAUAAAUGUUUCUUCACUAUCCGAUAAGAAAAACGUAGAUUGUGAAAAAAAUGAAGAUCGCGUACGGCUUGAUCGUGAAAAGAUUAGGCACAGCAAAGAUAAACAUGAUUCUGAAAAAGAAAGAAACAAAAGCAGUAAGGUUGAAAAAGACAAAAGACCUAAAGAUGAUCAGUUUGGGGAGAAAAUGUUUUGUGAAAAAAUUGACAAAUCUAGAUCUGAUAGAGAUGUCGAAAAGCCCCAUAAAGAUAAAAAUGACAAAGACUCUGACAAAACAAAAAAUCUCGAGGAAAGGUCUUAUAGACAUGACCACCACAAAAAAGAUCGAAGUGACCGAGAUAAAAGGAAAGAAUCAGUUGAAAACGAAACUACAUCUUCCAAGAAAAAAGAUGAUAAGCACAAGCAUGAUAGGACUAAAAAAGAAAAUGAACUAAAGAGAGACGGUAAAAAAGAAACUGAAUCUGUGAGAAAUCGCAAAUCUUCCAGGGAUGAAAAUACUAGGGACUUGUGUCGCAAAGAUUCUACCGAUUCCUCAACUUCUAGGGCUUCACAUGAGUCUUCAAAAGUAAAAGAUUUAGAAAUUAAUGAAGCCAAGGACGAUGUUAAGCCAAAAUAUAAGCAUUCAGAAUUAUUUGUGAAACUUGACGGUGAUAAAGAUCUUCUAAAAACCGAAAUUAAAGAAGAAAAAGAUUUUGGCAACACUGUUUAUACCAAACACAAAAAUGAAACUUCACACGAACACAGUACUAAAUCGAAAGUAGACGUUACUGAAAAACAAAGGCAUUAUUCUCUUGAUUCACCCAGUGUUGAUUCGAAGCGAAAAGAGCGAUUAAGUUCAUGUUCUAGUUUGCCGUCCAACAUAGGACAUAAGCGUAGAAUGUCUUCUCAAGAUAGUAUCGAUUUAUUCAACGAAGAUAACAAUAAAAAAUGCAAAAGCGACUCAAAACAUCCUGAAAGAAGGGAUUCUAAAGAUUCCCGCUCUGAAAAUAGACACAAAACUACUAAAUUCAGUAAAGGCCAUUUUGCUAAGAUAUUAGAGAGUAAAACUAAGGAUGAUAAGAAAAAUCAAGUGAAGCCUCCAGAUGAUAAUUUUGUAGAAUACAAAGAAACUGAUUCAAAAGACCAUAAGAGUCUAGAACGCAUAAAAUCAUUAAAAAAGAGCCCCAAAGAGGAAAACGAGGAAAAAUCUAAUACGGAAGUCCCUCCAGAAGGACUGCAAAAUGAUUUAGAUUUUCUAGCUACUUUAGAACUAAGAUCAAGUGAAGAAGAUGAAAGGCAAAGAGCUCUUAGAAAAGAAAUGAAGGAGAAGAAACGAAUUCAGCAAUUACAGCAAAUUCAGGAACUGCAGAUGCAACAAGACGCUAUGCAUCAUUCUGAAUUUAAGGGAAAGGAUGAGAAAAAAAUAAAAUGUGACGAUAAAAAGAAAGAAACAGCUCGAGAAAAACGACUGUCAACGGAUCGUAAAAGUAGAGAUGAAAAAAUUGAUCAUAGUAAACGUAAGAGUCGUAAACCGGUUCAUAGCAGCGACAGUUCUGAUUCAGAUGAACCAAAGAAACAUUCUAUAUUUGACAUUAUUGACGAUGGUCCAACGUACAUAUCUAUGUACGACAAGGUAAAAGCUCGUUCAUGUAAAAAUAUGCAAAAACAAGAAGAAGAAAAACGACAAGAAAAGAUUAAAGCAAAGUUUAGUCAGUUAAAACAAAGCAGAGCAAAACGAGAAGAAAAGAAGAGGUCUAGUUGGGAUGAGGACAGUGAUUCAGAUCAAGAUAGAAAGAAAUAUCAUAAAUCGUCUGGGGAUAAUUCAUCCGACGACGACAUCGUAAUCCAUACUAAGAAAAGGGAAAAGUGCUUUGAUCUCGAACGUAUUAAAACUGAUGAGUAUUACGAUGGCAGUACAAAUGAAGAAGAUAUGCGCAACAAAUUGUCGCGUAAGAAUUCAAGAACUCGGAUCAUGUCUGACACUUCCGACGACGAAAUUUCCAAAAGAAGUGCAAGUAAAAGUCCGAAUUUCCUAGAUAAUAUUAAAAAAGAACAUCUGUCAGAUUCAGAACCUGUUCAAAGAACUAAAAGUGAUGAAUGCAAAGAUUCAAAUGAAAUUCAUUCCAAGAGGAAUUCUUUGUUGAACUUAUUUGGCAAGAGUGAUAGUGAUGAUAGCAAAUUGAAACUUAAUGUCGAAAAUGAUAACGGUUAUAAAACGAGCUACAUUAAAUCUAUGUGUAAUGACUUUUCUUCUGGAAGUGAAUCAGCUUGUAAUAAAAAUUGUUUGGAAAAUCGUCGAAAACAUAAAAAGAAGCAAAAGAAACACAAGUCAACAUACUCAGAUGAUGAAAACAAAAAUGAUAACAGUGACACAAAUUUCUUAGAGGGAUACAAACAUAAAGCAAUUGAAAAACAGCGUCGACACAGUAACAAAAAAGAUAAAAGAAAAGAUAAAUUACGAGAUAGCAUCGAUGUGGAUGAUACACGUGAUGAUAAAAAUAAAUUGAAGAAAGAUAGAAAAACAAACAACUUUGACAUUAACACCGAAAUAAUAUGUAAUUCUAUUAAAAAGGAGGGUAAAAUGGAAGAUAUAUUUGGUCCUUUAUCAGAUGACUCUGAUCGAGAUACUCGAGGGCAUUUGGGUCAUAAGUCAGAUUUUUCAUCUCAUGAGAUUGAGUCUAGUUUCUGUACAAACAAUUCGGACUAUAAACUGAAAGAAGAUCGUCGUAAAAAAGAAAGAAAGCGCAAAGAGAACCGAUAUUUCAAGGAAGAUGAUAAUAGCCUUGAUGUAGAUGCUGUAAGUAAAGCAAUUGAAGCUCGGCUGUUUGCUGACGUCAUGAUAGACGAUGACAGUCGUAAUAAAGUGGAAACUCUUUCUGAAAGCCUUAAUAAAAUUGAAAAAAUAAAUGACAUGAAAUAUGUCGAAGGAAACAUAAUAAGCGAAGUAGUUAAACAUGAAAAAAUGAAAAGAGAGUGUAAGGAAAAGAAAAAGAAAAAGAAGAAGAGUAGGGAAGAUCGUCAAAGCCGUAAAGAACAUAUUAAUUUCUAUAACCAAGAGAAAUCAGAUAUUGCUGAUAACCACGACCUGAUUGAGAACAUUGAAAUAUCACCUAAAACAAUGUUACUGGAUAUACCGCUGCCAAACGAUGACCAAUCAGUUAGCACAGGAGACAAACUUGAAAAUUGUAAGCCACACCUUGAAAAACAUAGUUUACCUCGAUUAACAGAUAGUCCUCCUAUAGUGAUACAAUCGGAUGAAAACACAGAUUCUAAAAGUGUUGAUUCUAGCAAUGUAGUACUUGACGACAUUAAAAUGGACUAUGUUGAAGGUAAAGAAAUUGAAAUAGAAGAAAUUCCUAUGCCACCUCCAUUUGAAACCAUUGUAACUGACAUAAGUGAAGUUCCAUUACCAAAAGACCCCUUGCCAAGUAAACUAAAUCAUAAUAGGGAAGAUUGCUAUUUGUCCAGUUUAAGCAGUGAUGGUGAUUCAUGCGAAGAUGCUGUGCGAAAUAUAAUAAAUCCUGAGAACGAUCUUGAUAAGACUGAUAAAUCUUUAGACCUUCUUGACAUGCCUCCUUGUAAAUCUGAUAAGAAAGCGGAGGAGAAGCCUAGAGCGAUUAUUUCACAAGAGGAGACCGAGGACGCUGUUGCCGCCUUACUAGGCGAAAGUUUCGGAGGGAAAACUAAUUCAUUUUCUAGUUACGAGGAGACUGAAAAUAACUCAACACUACCAAUCGAAAACGAAGGUGUAGCAAUUGAAACCGAAAUUAUUCCGGAAGAAGAUGCCGAAGAAAUGAGACAAGCAGUUCAAAAUCUUAAUGCUAGCGAGAUGGAAAUGAAACCAGAUACUCCUGUGUCAGAUAAUGACCUUUUAUUAAUCGAUACUGAUACUGAAGAAAAUGACGAAACGCCUCAAGAUUCUAUAGAAAAAUUGCCUGUCAAUAUUAUAGCUACAAGUCAGGCCUUGACUGCUAACUCGGAACCCAAUAAAUGCAAUGAAUCAAACAAUUUGGUCCCCGAAACAAAAUCUAUCAUAAUACCGCCCGUUACUGCUGCUAUCACUACUACUAUGUCUUCUACUGCUACUACUGCUACUACUGCUACUACUGCUACAACGUCGGAUAGUGAGUCUAAUAUCAAAAACACAGAAACGGAUGUGAAGAUUCAACUGACUAAAAGAGAAAAUGUCCAAAUAAUAACAUCAACUGCUACGCCCGUGAUUACAUCAUGGACAUUAACGAAUAACAAGCUGCUAGAACCACACGUUGUGAACAUACAAAAUAAUUCUCUGCCUGCAACAAACAAAAAUGAACUUAAGCCCACCCAUAUAACUGCAAACAUCGUUCAGAUUAAGGGACCUCAAAGCCAGGCUGUUCAAAUAAAUAAUUCUUCAAGACCCAUGAUGACUCAGACACGACUGAAUGCUCCAUACCAAGUAAUAAAUCAGAUGAUUCGUUCUCAGUCACCGAAUAUGCAACCACCUACAAUUAAAAUUCCAGAACCUCAUAUUUUAUACCAAAAACCACAAGGAAUUGUAAUAUCACCUAGAAUGUCUAAUGAUCCUAGAAUGCAAAGCCCAAAAGCUAAUUCACAGAGCGAAAGUUUAACAUCGCCACGUCUAAAAAAUAUGGCAGUUAUAAGCACGUCACCUCAAAACUUAAAUACAGUGGGUAAAAUGUCCCCCAACACUAUUCAACAAAGAUCUCCUGGGCAAGUCACUGUUGUUAGAAUGCAGCAGCCUCCAUUGAGCCCUAUUCAAGCCAUGCACAUGCCGCACGGCGCAAGAACUAUGCUAUCACCAAACAGACCUAACUCUGUAUUAGUACAAACCCAAAGCGCGCCAAUCCAUUUUAAUCGAUUACCUGUUACGCCGGUGCUAACACCAAUUUCGAAACAACUGAAUGUUAAUAAUUUGCCUCAACAAAAUAAAAGUAUCAGCGUAAACACAACUCCGUUGAUACAUCAACAAAAAAUCUUAUCCAGUGAUUGUAGAAAAGGGGAACAAAGAAGUGUAUCGGAAACCAAUGUUGAAAGUUCAAAAAUUAUUCUAUCUCCCACAAAUCUACAACACAGCACCAAUCCUACAGUUAUGGCUCAGAAUCGAUUAAUAUCAAUGCAAAACGCUAUGCAUACCAGUAACAAGCCUACUAUUCACCUUAACAAAGUUUUAAUAAAUUCAGUUAGCCAACUAAACGAUAAACGAGAAAUAAAUCCACAGAAACCGGAUAAAGUUAAUCAUAUGCCUUUUGCACCGACACCUAUAAUCCACGUAGCCGGAGUCAAUGCUGCCUAUACAUCUGCAGCAACGUCUAUUAUUCAGGGUGGCACGAAAUCAGUGGUGUCUAGCGGCCAAGAAACGAAUACGAUCAGUAGGAAUCAGGGUUCAAACGUGAUUCAUUCUUUAAAUUCUCAAAGAAUUGUAGCACAAAGUCCAUUAAGUAACGUUAUAAAACUUGAUGCAAACAAAGUGCCAACAUCUGUUUUAUCAAUGGCAACCGUAAGGCCACCGACUGUUUUAGCAAAACUAGAACUUGCGACUUCUCCAACCGUUACUACGAACACGACUAACGUCGCUCCCUUAUUAUUGAAAGCCACAAACGCAGCAGUCUCCGCGAGAUUAAACAAUACAUUUGAGAAAGACACUACGGAACCGCUGAAGCCCUUGGUUGUCCAUAAUCAUGCACGGGAUAAUGAAACUAAACAUGAAGAAAAGAAUAAUUUAAAUAAAUUGAUAGUUGCUGUUAGUGAUACUAUAAAAGAACAAAACGAUUUACUGCCGAAACAAAUAACAUCUCCCGUAGAAAAUAUUUUGAAAUGUGGUACAGACUUUGAAGAAUUGUUAAAAGAUAACACAAACGAAAUAAAAGUUACUAAAGAUCCUGAAAACAAUUUAGAAAUUAAUGUUGGUAAAACUGUAACUUUAAUGACAGGCAGUAAUCAAAAUCGUGAAAAGGAGGUCAUAAAAACUGUGGAUAGUGUCAAAAAGGAAAACCAAACAGAAAUCACUCCAUCUCAAUUUCACUCCAUAUCCUCAUUUUCAAUAAAAGAAGAGAAAAAUAUUACCAAUUCUAACGAGCCCACGACAGUACUGCCUCAUUUGGAAAACAACACAAUACAAACUACGCCCGGAACUGUAGAUAAGGAGGAAGCUGCUAUAUGUGGCAAUGAAAAUAGUUUAAAGAAAAAUGAAACUGAAGAUCCAUUUAAAUUAGAAAAUGUAAUUAAAUCAGAUGGCGACAUGAUUCACAAAAUGGUGCCUGAAGAUUCUAAAGAAAAUUCUAAUUGUUCCAUAAAAAACGAUGAGAAUGAUUCAUGGAGUGCCAAAGAUGUAAACAUCGAAUCAGUAAUAAAAAAGGUUGAAUCUUUAUGUAAUGAAAUAGUUGAGACGAAUGAUAGCAUAAACGAAAUUAAAGAAUAUAGUGAUUCUGUAAAAAUGGAUUUAACAUCGUCAGAAAAUUUAUCCUUCCAUACUCCUCAUAUAAAAUCAACUUCACUAGAUUGUAAGAAUGUUCAUAUUGAAACACCUAUAGAUAUUAAAAAAUCAGAAGACACCAUCACAGAUAAAAUUAUACCUACUGUAACUGCUAAAAGAGGGGGACGAAGUGUAAGAGGCAAAAGAUUAGACAAAAACCAAGAUAGAGUACAAACGCGUCAAAUUUCCAAACCAGCGAGAGGAACUGGCUCAGUCAAACGAGGUAGAGGCAGAGCUAAGGUAGACAAGAAAGUAAAAAGUUUAGUAAAUAAUAGCUCAAGUGCAAUGCCUGGUGAUGUGUAUGAUUUUCAUGAAGAUUCUGGAGAUGAAGCUGCGUCGUCACCGAAUAAAACGGAAACACGACCAAGGCUGAUUUUAACCAUAAAAAGUCCACUGUCAGGUAAUUCUACAAUGACGGCGACUUCUACUCUCAGCAUAACACAAAAAGAUCAGAUGAAAUGCCUCGAUAAAAAUAAAGAGGACAAAAGUGAAGAAUUUGUUUCACCGUCGCCUAAUACGCGUAAAUCUAGAAGACUUCAGGAGAAAGACGUACAGCGCAGUACUGUAGACGACAUAAUUGAGGAUGUCAUAAAAGGCCCUACGGGUCAAUUCAAAACUGGGAAGGAAACAAAUAAAAAGAGACCAAUUAGACAGGCGGCCAAUAAAGCAAACCAAGAUAAGACGCCGGGGUUCGAUACUCGCAAAUCGCCGCGAGGAGUAAAACGUACCAGAGAUCGAAGUCUGUCGGAUGCGUCUGUCGACAGCGGAGAUGAAAGACCUAUCAGGGAAUGUACUAAGGAUGCAAAAACACCGCGUCUUGAAGAACCAACACUGGAAUCCGAACCUGCUGCCACUUUGCGACCAGCUCCGAGUAUACAUACACCGCCGUCUCUGCCCGUAACAAUGGCUACAACCACACCGACGCCUGCAGCUGUAUCGGCGCCAGUUCAUGCGCCUGUACCCACACCUACACUCACGCCUACGCCGAUUACCAAACCGCCUAAGAAAAUGAUAUCUGAGAUCAGCGCUAAGCUGGCGGGCGCAUUUGACGCUGUCCUCGCAGUCAACCCCGCAGAGCGUGCGCCGAGCGAAGCGCCCGCGUCGCCUUUGGCGCAGGGCGGAGGUGGCGAGGCGGCGCGCGCGCGGCGGCUCGCCGACGCCGUGCCCGGCGCGCUCGUGCCCGUCGGCGCCACCGAGGCUUCGGACGCACGCGUGCAGUCGCCCGCGCUGCCGCACCGCCCGCCCUCUGCGCCGUCCACGCCCGCCAUGCACCGGCCCGCCGAUCGUGCCACGCCACUACUCAUCCGCUCCGUGCCGCGCGGCCCGGGUCGGCCACCCGACCGGCCGGCGGACGAGCGAGCGCCUACCAGCCUGUUCGACGAGCGAGGCGUGGACGGCGACGGCGCGGUGGGCGGCGGCGCGGCGGGCGCGCUGGCGGCGGCGGGCGCGCGCGCCUUCCGCGGCUACGCGGCCACGGCCAGCCUGCCGCGCGGCGCGCACCACCCGCCACACCCGCCGCCCGACCACCACCUCAAGCAGGUGGCCGUCGUCGGCCCGCAGCAGCAUCACCACCACCCGAGUGCCGCAUCCAGAGUCACAAUUGCAAAUGUACCGUCGAUAAGCCCGCAAGGCCAGAUGGGAAUGGGCGAAGCCAUGUACCCACACUUCUCUCAUCAACAUUAUCAGAUGUAUCAACAGCAUUUCCGCGCCACCCAGCAUGAGAGUCGAGCUACUCCUUCACCAUAUACUCGGUCGCUAGAGGCGGAAGGCUCGGAAGCCCCGACGCCGCCGCUGGAGCUGCGGCGGCCGCCGUCCGCGCGCGUGCCCGAGCCCGGCGAGCUGGCCUACCGCCGCGCGCCCGAGCUGCUGCGCCGCGCGCCCGCGCCGCUGCCGCGCUCGCCGCCGCCCGCGCACUGCUCGCGCCUGGCGCCCGCGCUGCCGCCCGCGCUGCCGCCGCACGCCGGCCCGCCGCACGCCUCGCAGGUGCCGCGCGAGGCCGACUCGCUGCAGAUGCUGCUCCGGCGCUACCCGGUCAUGUGGCAGGGGUUACUCGCACUGAAGAACGAUUCCGCAGCUGUCCAGAUGCACUUCGUAGGCGGCAACCCGGGCGUAGCGGGGGAUACCCUCUCGCGACACGCCGACGGCUCCACCCCGCUGUUACGUAUCGCACAGCGUAUGAGAUUAGAACAACCGCAGCUAGAUCAGGUGCAUCGCAAAAUGAAGAUGGAAAACGAGCACUGCAUGUUGCUGGCACUGCCGUGUGGUCGCGACCAUAUGGAUGUGUUACAACAAUCUACCAACUUAACUGCAGGAUUUAUAACGUACUUACAACAAAAACAAGCCGCGGGUAUAGUCAACAUUGCACCUCCCGGGCAUCACCAGGCUAUGUUUACGGUUCACAUCUUUCCAUCGUGUGAAUUUGCCAACGAAAAUUUAAACCGUAUAGCGCCAGAUCUUAUGCAUCGUGUUGCUGACAUCGCACAUUUACUCAUUGUUAUAGCUACCGUGUAAGGCAUGCUGUAUUUUUGCAAUAAACCGGCACCAGAGCCAACAAGUAUAAGAGACAUUCUUGUAGAUGACUUUAUAAACUCAGACUAGAGUUCCAAGACAUUUGCAUAUACCGGACUAGACACAUUUAUACCUAAAACAAUUUGCUUCAAUAUUGUAAUGUGACAAAACCGUCAUCGAUAGUCGAUUCGAUAAUUUUAAGAAAGCAUUGUAUAUACGGCCAGGUUGUGAAAUUUUUAACUUCAUUUUAUUGUAGCAAUAGAUCGACCUGGUAGAAAAAAAUCUUUGAGUUUUUGGUCAUAUUCCGAAUGACAAAAAUUCCUAGGAAUUGAUUUGUAAUACCUCUGAAAAAUUGAACUCGUGGUUAUAUUAUGUAACGUCAGUUUAUUUAUUGUUACUGCGUAUUGCGUCGUCUCUGACGUCGCGGCGACUCCACAGGCGCCUGUAAAAAGUCUCACCUAGUUAGAUAAGCAGCCGUCACUUAAUUUUAGUACUAGAUGUAAGUUAUAGCUUAUUUGUAAAAUACUUUUGUUAUGGUCGACUGGGUUCGACGAUAUUCGGAGUUUAAAUUUUUAAAAAAUAAUAAUAGAUGGCAAAGUCAGUUGAUAAAGUAUAUUUAAUUUUGGGUUCCGAUUAGAUGAGUGGCAAUCUAUCGAGCAUUUUUAUUAUUAGUGUAAAUUGUUAUUUUGUUUUAAGCGAAUUAGGUCUAAAGUAAUUUAAAUUUUGUAAAUAUGGAAACUAUCCGUACUAAAGUUCGAUUUCGCUUAGGUCAUUACGGUAGGUAAUGGAAAACUCAUGAAUACUGGGUCGAAUGAUUACUGUUAACAUGUAAAAAUCAAUCAUAAUUAAGUAAUUAAGUUAAAUAAGAUAGUAAGGGAAAAAUACAUGUGGAAAAUAAACUGUGAUUCUGACUUUUUAAUGUAGACUAGGUAGCCCUAUUUUAUGGAGCAUAGAGAGCAGUGUUUGCUAUUAAGCGGAAGCACACUUUGGCGUGUAUGGCCUCGCCUUAAGCGAUAUCAGAAUUAUGUUCAUUAUGUCUUUAUGACAAUUUGUCGAAUAUAGUUUAUACCAAAUAUGCGGAAUCGCUUCUCUGUGGCGUUUAAUAGAGCUGCGUUAUUAGAAAACUCGUGGUCAGAGAUAGGCGACUUAAUUAUUAACUAGCAAUAUCAAAAACAAUGAGGUCAGGAAUGUUUUAAUAUAACCCUAUGUAAACAAUAAUAUUCUGUUAAAUUUUGAGUCCAUGCAAUGUCAUAAUGCUUAAACUACUUUGCAUAUUUAGUCAUAAAUUUCAUUAUAUUGCAAAUGUAAACAUGUGUAAAUACCUGACAAAUAUAAACUAUUUCGAUAAAUAGUAAAUUGGCUAUCCCAGCGAUUAAUAACUGUAUAUCGGCGUAUUACAAUUUUUUCAUGCUUUAUAACAUUUCAAAAAUUCCAUAUUUGAAGAUAUUUUGCUGUUAUAAAGCGUGAAACUAUACUCAGGGCGUGGCAACAUACAAUAAAAAAAUACGUGAUAAAAUAAUUAUAAGGGUUAUUUUAGAACGUUAUUACUUAAUCUUUUCUAUUUAUAUAAAAUUCGAUAUAUUCUCAGUUCCACUGAUUUUCAAUUAUUUGUAAAAGCACCUGUAAAUCUUUAUGGGUAGUAUACCACAAAAAAAUAUAACUGUAAAAGUAAACCAUUCAGUUGUGCAUGCCUUCCGGUUGAAUGGUACAAUCGCACUUGUUUUGCGAUACGGGCCCGCCUUCUUCAGUGUUAACGUAUUCGGAUCUCAUUGCUGCUUUAAUUGCGGGCCGCCGCUCAGGUUAUUCUCUACUUGUACUCGCCAUCCUCAUUUGCCGCUGUUCAUCUGCUUAAUAUAGGGAACAGUCCUUCAUUAGGGUUUUAUUUAUUAUAUUAGAAAUGCUGUAUUAGAUUCGUUAAUUAUCAUUAAAUCUAUACUACAGAAUUAUGAUUUACUGGUUUAGUUAUUGACAUUACAAUUUGAAACUAACAAUAUUGUACUUCUCAUAAUUUUGCCACUUUCCGUUUCCAGUAGCAGGCAUCUCGGAUAACUUGCAUUAAUGGUAAUAGUUAGAUAAUUGUGCGACUGUGCUGUCGUACGUAAAAAUAAAGUACAAAAUAUUUUAUGUAUUGUAAUUUUAUAAUGUACGAUAUUAACUUAUAGCACAGGUAAUAUUAUUAUUACGUAUAUUCUUUUUAAGGUUUAAAACUAGAAUGUAAAGUAUAAUAAUUAUAUUGUUUGUCAUAUUUCCGUCGCAAACAGUUCUUAACUUGGCUAGGAGGAACACUAACGAACUCAUCACUUCGUCCAUUAAUUUUAAAAUAUCUAUAAUUUUACUAGCAGACAGAUGCCCAAUGAUGUAAACUCUAAAGAACCUUAUUUGAACACCUUAUAAAGGAGUUCAGUGUAAAUAAGUCUUCAUAAAAAUGUAGUUGAUAUGACGGUAUUUAGACACGUUAUUACAAGAAAAACUAUGGUAUAAGAGACAUAUGAGAAUUAUAAAUGAAUAAUUUAUUGCGGUAAAAGUAUUUUUUUUCUUUGUAGUGUUUGGGGUGUAAUUACUAAGUAAGCAGUUCCUCAAUUAGUUAAUUCCGUCGAGCUCUAAAGACUUGAGUUCGACGUUGACUUUACUUAACAUUUUAAUAGUAGGCAAAGGAAGCUGACUUACUAGUAAUUACAUCACUUUUUUGUAAGCUAUUAAAAUGUCAAUUAUUAAUAGUUAAUAAUAUCCUGGAAUAUUUUCAUAUUCUGUUAAUAAAUAUAUAUUAUUCCUUUAAAGAAAUAGUCUGAUGGUGGCUUAAGCCAUGCUUAGUUACGCGUAUCUGCAUGUGAGAAGUAUAAUAUAGUUUUUUUAUUCGAAUUUUGAGCUAAUCUCACUUUAUUGUGUCUUGAAGCUGGUAUAUUGAGGACACAUUAACGUCGGAUUUUCUUACAUUAUCAUUGAAACUUUUUUUCUGUUAUCAAGCAUGAAGUGGUUAUAUGAGGAUGGAAUGUCUAAUACUUCGGGUCUCCUUUGCUAGCAACUGUUGUUGGUGUGCGAGAUGAUAGUUUAAAUAUUUGUAAAAAUAACAUUUGAUCUCAAGUGUGCAGCAAAAGUGAAAGUGAGUUAGGAUGUUGUAGAACAACAGUCGCGUGCGGACGCGACCCGAUGCCAGUGUGCUCGAUGUUGGUUAUGUUUCUAACAGAGCGUACGUAUAGAAAAAAUAUUGUGAUCAUAAUUAUAUUAUAGUUUUAAUGCUAGGCUGUAGAGGUAACUGUAUAUUUUGUACAUAUUGAAAAUAGUAUUGUAACUUUACUUCCCUUAUCCAAACAACCCAGACUCCUGUGUGUUAUGUACCUCCUACCUACCAAUACUAUUAAAAAAAUAUUACAUAAA